AUUCGCAUGGAGACUGGCAGACCUGUGACAUUCACAGUUCAUCUGUCUGUGUCGACUAUAUAAAUAUCUAAAUAUGAACAUUAUACUGUCGUCUUUUUCCCGACUGCGUGGAAUAACUCAUUUCACCAGCAUCGCUGCAGGGAACCCUCAUGUAAAUGGCACCUCUCACCUUAGAUUAUUUAGCAACUGGGUUGUGCCCAGAGCAGCUGCAGGACUUCAGAUUUCCAGAUGUGGGCCGCUUUCUUCACAGGCUGAGGGUUCAGGAGUAUUCCAACAGCUUCCUUGGCAAUACCAGCAGGUACGGACACGGAAAAGAGGAACAGAGUAUCAGCCCAAGAACAUCAAACGCAAGAGAACUCAUGGCUGGAUCAAAAGGAUGAGCUCAAAAAGCGGCAUUGAAAUAAUUCUACGUCGCAUGUUGAAGGGACGGAAAUCACUCUCACACUGAAGGUUCCUAUUGGAAAACCAAGAGACUUUCAGGAAAGAGACAUUGGAUCUGAAAACGAGCUUGUGUGCUGGGUUAAGUGGUAAUACUGGGUGUGGGUUGGGUUUGACAUGACCAAUACAAUCAAAAUGGGCGGGAGAUUGAAAACUGGCCUUUCAACAAACAAGUUGCAUUUGCCAUGGGUAAAAAGAAGCCUGGUAGUUUCACCGUUAUUUCUGGUCCAUAAUGUUUUCUUCAUCAUCACUAAAUGUUUUUUUUUUUCUUUUUUUGCUUGUAAUUUUGUUCAAAGACAAAAUUUGUAUUUAAAAUCAAUGUCAUUUAUUUUUUUCUCAAAUGAAAACAUCAGUUCUUUUUGACUGGAAAUAAAAACCAUCCCUGCAG